AGUUUACAUGCGAGUUUAAAUGUCAAAAGAUAUGACGUAUAACCACCAAACAUAACCUUUAAUCCAGUUUAAUUCGUUUUUCGACGAAUUUAUUUAAAAAGGAGGAAGAUGACUGAGCUCCCCAUCAACCAGAAAGAAUAUUUGAAGAAAUAUCUUGCAAUCGGCAAAGCCCCAGGUGAAAAGAAAAAGAGAAAGAAAAAACACAUUUCUACCAGAGUUCAGAUAAUAGACGACGACGCCGUUACAAUUGUCACGAAUAACACAAUUGAAAAUGACCCCAUUGUCAUAGAUGAAGAUGCUCCUCAGAUUGUUGCCAUCAUCGAUGAGAGACCCCCAUCAUUAAGAUUUGACGAGAAAACAAAAAAUCCUUUGUGGCGACCAAUUGGACCUGUGGAAAAUACCAAUCCUGGUGAACAAAAACAAGUGAUUAAAGGGUUCAAAAUUGAACCAAAAAUUAACGAUAAGUCGUUGUUGCGUCCUGAUAAGUCACCGCCUAGACGAAAGCGAAAAAGUGACCAUUCUCCACCACCAAAGUCUAGACGCGAGAAAUCGCCGGUUAGAGAUAUCGUGGUUAAGGAGGAAAGACAGUCUGUACCCAGAAGUGUAGAAAAUUCACCUAAGAGUGUUGAUGAAGAAAAUGAAAUUUUAUCCCCUAGAAGAAGUAGAACUGGCGAUAAUAAUUCGCCCCCCAGAAGAAUUAAACGGGAAGAUUCGUCGCCACCUAGGAGAUUUCGGGGCGAUGAUCAUUCACCUCCUAGAAGAAGUCGAACCACGGAUGAUAAUUCGCCUCCAAGACGAAAUAGGACAAAUGAUAAUAAUUCCGCUCCUGGAAGAAAUUGGGCGAAUGAUAAUUCACCACCUAGAAGAAGUAGGAUGGACGACGAUAAUUCGCCCCCUAGAAGAGGCAGAAAAUCUAGUAUAGACAGAAAUAAAUCUCAGCCACAAGACGAUAUUUCGCCUCCACGGAAACGUCGACCAGAAGGAGAUUCUUCAAUUUCUAGACGAAGACAUGAUGAUUCACCCAGAAGAAUCAAAAAGGAUGAUUUUUCUUCUCCUAGGAGACGAAGACGUGAUAAUUCUUCUCCAAGGGGAAGCAGACCUAGUGAAACUCCUCCACGCAAAAAAGAUGAUAGAAAAAGUCUCAAAAAUAGAACACCUGAUCAUUCUCCACCAAGGAAAAGUAAAAAAGAAGAUAAAAGUAGAGUGGCAGGAAGCAGCAGAAACGACGAAAAGAGACCGAAGAAAAUGGAGAAAACCCUUGAUAACAAAACCGCAGGCCUUCAGAACGCCCGCGAACUGAUCGAAGAAACCAGAAACCACCACCUACGCGAAGACAAAUUCUUCAAAUCUCUCUCCAAAGACGUAUCUGGAGAAAGCGCCACAACCGUACAUCGCGAUCGCCAAACUGGCAAAAUCCGCAACCUGGAAGAAGAGGAGGAACGGCAACGCAAAAAACGCGAAGAAGAAGAGAAAAACAAAGAAAAAUACGAAAAGUGGGGGCGCGGUUUGGCACAGGUGGAAAGUCGAGAGCAGCAACUGAAAGAACAGUUGCAUGAAAUGAGCAAACCGCUAGCGAGAUACGCAGACGACGAGGAUCUGGAGAGGUUCCUCAAAGAGCAAGAGCGCGAAGGCGACCCGAUGUUGGCCUAUAUUCGCAAGAAGAAGCGAAAAAAGGCCGCCGAUGCCGGGGAAGUGACGAAGCCGCUGUUUGAGGGAGAGUUCAUGCCCAAUCGCUACGGGAUAAGACCCGGCCAUCGGUGGGAUGGGGUUGAUCGAUCCAAUGGGUACGAGAAGAAAUGGUUUGAAGUGCAGAAUCAGAAGAAGGCGCAAGAGGAGGAUGUUUAUAAAUGGUCAACGGAAGAUAUGUAGUUUGUACAUAAGAAAUAAAUAUAAAAGUACUGAAUUAAUAUAAGGAGCGAAAUUGUAUGUCUAAAAUAAAGUUUAAGGGGUCAUUAUACAAA